CUCCCAUUGCAAAGAAGAAAGCAGCAAUGAGCAGUCUUUCGAGGGUCAAACUAUCAAUCCCCACCAACACCAACUCUUUGUCGAUCAUUUUCAGUGACAAAUUGUUUCCCACAACCCUCGAACUCCCUCUUUUCUCUUCAUUCUCUCAUUUCCCCUUCAAAAUUAACCCAAGAAGAAAACAAGGGCACUGUCUCUCCCCUGAAAAGAACCUCCUUUUGAAUCCCUGUCUUCGAGCUAGUAGUAUAACUGAUGCUGAAGUUGAAGAAAGAGUGGACGUCGAAGUUGCAGAAGGUUGUACAAUGACCCAAUUUUGUGAUAGAAUCAUUGACUUGUUUUUGAAUGAAAAACCGAGAGUAAAAGAUUGGAAAAAGUACUUGACUUUAAGGGAAGAGUGGAGUAAGUAUAGAGAAAGCUUCUAUAAUCGAUGUCGAGUACGUGCAGAUGAGGAGAUUGAUCCAACUAUGAAGCAGAAAUUAAUUUCUUUGGAGAGCAAGGUGAAGAAGAUCGAUGAUGAAAUGGAUAGACAUUGUGAACUUCUUAAGGAGAUUCAAGAUAGCCCAACUGAUAUAAAUGCAAUCAUUACAAGGCGGCGUAAAGACUUCACUGAUGAGUUUUUCCGGUACCUAAAUCUAGUUACCGAAACAUGUUAUGGUCUGGAGGACCGAGAUGAGAUUGCCCGACUCGCAGCAAGAUGUCUGUCCGCUGUCGGUGCUUAUGAUAAGACACUGGAAGCUGUGGAGAAUUUAGAUUCCGCACAGGCAAAAUUUGAUGAUAUACUAAAUUCGCCUUCGGUGGAUGUGGCUUGUGAAAAGAUCAAAAGCCUUGCCAAGGGAAAGGAACUCGACUCAUCAUUGAUUCUACUCGUAAAUAGUGCUUGGGCAUCGGCGAAGGACUCCACAACUAUGAAAAACGAGGUUAAAGACAUCAUGUAUCAGUUAUACAAAGCGACAAAGAGCAGCCUUAAGAGCAUUGCACCGAAAGAGAUAAAGUUGCUCAAGCAUCUACUAAACAUCACAGAUCCGGAAGAGCGAUUCUCUGCGUUGGCAACAGCUUUCUCUCCAGGCAAUGAACACGAAGCGAAGGAUCCUCACGCUUUAUACACUACGCCCAAAGAGCUGCACAAAUGGAUUAAGAUCAUGCUGGAUGCAUACACGCUCAAUAAAGAAGAAUCCGACAUCAAAGAAGCGAAGAAGAUGAGUCAACCUGUGGUCAUACAAAGGCUGUUCAUCCUCAAGGAAACAAUAGAACAAGAAUACUUGGAUCAAAGAACAACGAGGACGCAAACGGAGAGUAGUAAAAUGGAAUCGGAGGAGUUAUAAAAGUAUAUUAAAUAA